AUGGUAGAAAAUAGUCAAGAAAAUGAGUUGGUGGAAUUGCUAGAUGAUGCUUUAAAGGACUUUAAAACUUUACAAAAGACAACAGAUGAUGAUUUGGAUGAAUUUAUGCAAAAAAUUGAUGAUGAAGCAACAGAAAAAGCUGCACAAAAAUUUGAAGAAAUGUUAAAUCAAAUGGCUGACAAAAUGCAAACAGAAAAUCAAGUGAAUUCACCAUCUUCUAAUGUUCGGAAUUCAAAGAACAGUAAUUGGGAAAAUACAAAAUCUGUUUUUAAUGAUUUAUUAUUAAAUAAUGGAACGGAAAAUGAUGAUCGAAAAUUAGUUGAAGCAUUUGCAAAUUUGUCUUUUAAUCAGGGAAGUACAAAUGAUUUAAUGGAGUCAUUAAUUCAAACAGCUGUUUCUAAAGAUGUUAUGUAUGCUCCUUUAAAGGAAAUGCACUCAAAGUUUGGAAUAUAUUUGGAAACAAAAAAGGAUUCUCUUGAUUCAGAAUUGUUACGAAAUUACAAUGAACAAUUUAGGAUUUUAACUCUUCUUUUACAACUUUAUGCUGAAGAGGAAUCAUUGCCUUCUACCUCAACAUUAAAUGAAGAAACAAAAUCUGCAAAGGAAGCGCGUGCUACAUUAAUAGCUAAUUUAUGGAUUGAAAUGCAAAAUUAUGGCCUUCCACCACCAGAAAUUACUUCAGAAAAUAAUUCUGCCUCUUCAACUUUAAAUGAAUGCUCAAUUAUUUAA